AUGACCCUUCCCUAGAACCCCGCCGGACUCGGACCUCCUUCCAAUUAGGUUUUUUUCUUUUCUUUUGCUGAUGGAGUCCGAACUCCAAGGCCUCAAUUCCAAACAGGCCAAGCAGGACCGCAACGACGGUCCGGCGUCCAAGGACGACCGCCCACUCCUCAAACCCGAACCGGCCUCCUCCGUCUCCGCCGAGGAGCUUCAGGAGCUAGAGAAUAAAUGCGCGGCGUACGUGCGACGCGAUGUGUACGGCACCAUGGGGCGAGGCGAAUUGCCGGUGAAGGAGAAGGUGCUGCUAGGGCUCGCGUUGGUGACUCUGGUUCCGAUACGCGUGGUCCUGGCCAUGACGGUGUUGGUGCUGUACUACUUGAUUUGCCGGAUUUGCACGCUCUUCAAAAUCCCCAAUCGCGACGAGCAGGAGCAGGAGGAUUACGCGCACAUGGGGGGCUGGCGGCAGGCCGUGAUAGUCCAGUGCGGCCGCGCCUUAUCCAGAGCCAUGCUCUUCGUCUUUGGCUUCUAUUGGAUCAACGAGUCAUAUCGGAUACCAUCGGAUUCCGAACCCAAACCCGCACCCCAGGGAAAAGAUGUUGCCGAAGAAAAGGAGCCUGAAAGGCCAGGGGCGAUCAUAUCGAAUCACGUUUCGUAUUUGGAUACCUUGUAUCACAUGUCUAAUUCGUUUCCGAGCUUCGUCGCCAAGAGAUCGGUGGCGAAACUUCCUCUAGUUGGCCUCAUCAGCAAGUGCCUCGGUUGUGUCUAUGUUCAGCGAGAGUCAAAGUCAUCCGACUUCAAGGGAGUUGCAGGUGCGGUGACUGAAAGAGUUAAAGAAGCACAUCAGAAUAAAUCCGCCCCGCCAAUAAUGCUUUUCCCAGAGGGAACUACUACAAACGGAGACUUUCUUCUGCCAUUCAAGACGGGAGCAUUCCUGGCAAAAGUUCCAGUUCUUCCGGUGAUUCUUAGGUAUCCUUACCGAAGAUUUAGUCCUGCAUGGGACUCGAUAUCUGGGGUGCGCCAUGUGAUAUUUCUUCUCUGUCAAUUUGUAAAUCACAUAGAGGUCACAAGGUUACCUGUUUAUUACCCCUCACAACAAGAAAAGGAUGAUCCAAAACUCUACGCUAGUAAUGUCAGAAGAUUGAUGGCCAAUGAGGGCAACAUGACUUUAUCAGAUAUUGGACUUGCCGAGAAGCGGGUGUAUCAUGCUGCUCUUAAUGGUUUGUUUUCCCAAUGCUAACUCGGAUCGUCAUCUGUAUAUUCAUAUGGGGUGUGCUAUCCACACACUCCAAAUUACUUCUCACACAUCCUUGUUAAUUUCUAUCCGUUGAUCUUCUUCAAUUCAUCCGAUCUGACGGCCGAAAAUUAGAAUGGUGUGUGAGAAGUAAAAUGGGGUGUGUGGUUAUCACACUCCUAUUCAUAUAUGAUUCUAUUUGUUAUAGGGAAAAAUUAAAACUGAUACGGAUUGCAGAAGAAUUAUUUUUUGGUCGGAGUAAGUUGAAACGGUAUUUUUACGAUGCGCGCCGCUGUGGAUUUAAGCUGGCAUUCUCAAAGCAGGCGUUUUCCGAUUGUUGUAUGAUCUCAGUUAACGGAGGAGGGAACGGGUUGGCGGAAGUCGAUUUAUGUCGACGAGCUUGGCUGGUAUAUAUGUUGGUUGUGAUUUUGUUUCACCAUUAUAAAGCUCUGAUGUGUGACGAUGUAUCUCAAUCUGAUCCUUUCUGGUGCAAAUUAACAGGUA